GUCAUCGAUCCACUACAUUGGCCUUUUACUUUACUUGCCCCGCACCAUUAUCCAACUGAAAUCGCAAUCGAGAAAAACUUCAGAGCCAUGGCCACAACAAGCCAUCACGAUUCUCGUAGUGUAUAAUGUUUGAAACCCAACCCACCGAUGCCGAGUCAUUGGACAUUAGUGAUGAAUUUGGUGAGGACGACGACGAUGAUGAUCCCGAGAUGGCCCGCUCUGGAGCUUCCUUGAAGAGCAACGAGUCCAAAUGCGAUGAGAAUGCUCCGCUGGCAGAGAAGGAAACCCAGUUCGUCUCACGGCUUCGAGAGGUUGUCUUUGGGGUCUUGCUGGUGGCCGCAGUGCUCAUUUGCGUCAGUGUCUAUCACAUGUCUUCACGGAGCGAGAGGGAAGAGUUUGAGACCUACUACGAUGGUGCCGCCGAGAGAGUCAUGCAAACGUUCUAUGAUAUUGGAACCUCCAAGUUGGGCGCCGUCUCUAGCUUGGGUCUGGCCAGUGUCUCUGGGAACUGGCCCUUUGUGAUUGUAGAACGAUUUCAGCAACGCGCCGCUGCCGCAAGACAGCAAUCUGGGGCUCUCUUGAUACAUGUGAACCCCAUUGUCACGGAUGAGCAGAGACCACAAUGGGAAUCCUUUGUGGCAAAUGCAUCGUCCCAAUGGAUUGAGGACGCCACGGAGUAUCAGGACAAUAUAGAAAUGCUCAAGUUCGCCGAGGAGGCGAUUCGUCCCAACCUGGCCGGUAUGGGCGAAACCGUCAUCUCGGACAAUGGAACCAUGCCAAUUUGGGACUACAACAGUGAUCUUACAAAGGAACCUGUGAGGGGGCCCGGCCCAUACAUGCCCGUCUGGCAGACUUCGCCGCUGCUCUUGGGUGGACUCGAUGUGAACAAAAACGCAGUCGUCAACUUUGACGAACCCGGGGCCAACGUCUCCUACCAUACCGAGUCUUUGGUGAUUGGGGGCUUUCAAACCGCUCCCGAGGGAGGCGUCGAUUCCAAAAAUGUCUAUACAAGCUUGUUUGCGCUGCUCCUCAGCGUGGCCAACAACGAAUCCAGCCACUACAGCGGCGCCCCCUUUAGUCAAGUUUUCUUUCCCGUUUAUGAGACGUAUCAAGCAGAAGGAGCCCCAUCCCGUAAACCUGUCGCUAUCAUGACGGCGUGGAUCCAAUGGUGUGGAUACUUUGACAACGUCCUGCCUUCCACCAUGAAAGGAAUCUACGUCAUUUUUCACAAUUCUUGCUCCGAGUCUUUCACCUAUGAGAUCAACGGACCAAAGAUGACAGCAGUGGGGCCAUCCGAUAGGCACGAUCCGGCAUUUGAUCACAUGCGAAGGUCGGCUUCGCUCACCGACACCAUUACGCACAUUGCCGACGGAAGCAAGUACGGGAUCCCCGUGAGCAAGGAACACUGCGCAAUCAGCAUUGACGUGUAUCCGUCCCAGACAUUCUUUUAUCAAUACAACACCAGCUAUCCAUUGGCCAUGACCAUUGCCAUUGGUUCCAUCUUCCUUUUCACCGUGGCCAUUUUCUUUCUGUAUGACCGGCUCGUUGAGCGGAGGCAGAAACUUGUCAUGGACCGCGCCGUCAAAACGAAUGCUAUUGUGACUAGUCUGUUCCCAGAAAAUGUGAGGGACCGCCUCAUGCAGCAGACAAAUGUGGAAGGGGAGAAGAAGGAAAAGGAGAGCCCCUUCAACAUUGCUCGAAGUACUCGGCUUCGUGGGUAUCUUCAAGGGCAGCAAGAGGAUGAUUUCGAUCAAGCACCUAUCGCUGAUUUGUUCCCACACUGCACAGUGCUGUUUGCCGAUAUUGCUGGCUUCACUGCUUGGAGCUCCACUCGUGACCCAGCACAAGUGUUCAUUCUGCUUCAAACUUUGUACCAAGCAUUUGAUAAGAUUGCCAACAGGAGAAAAGUGUUCAAGGUCGAAACAAUUGGUGAUAGCUAUGUUGCGGUCACUGGUCUUCCCGAGCCGCAAGAGAUGCAUGCAGUGAUCAUGGCAAGAUUUGCUAUUGAAACACAACGCAAGCUGAACCAGAUACUUCCACAGCUGGAAAGCACCUUGGGGCCUGACACAGCUGACCUAUCCAUGAGAUACGGUUUACAUUCGGGGCCUGUGACAGCUGGUGUGCUUCGAGGCGAACGUGCUAGGUUCCAGUUGUUUGGUGAUACAGUCAACACGGCUGCUCGUAUGGAAAGCAAUGGAAUCAAAGGGAAGAUACAAGUCUCUCAAUCCACGCGUGAUCUUCUUGUCGAGGCUGGAAAAGCUAGUUGGGUUACGCCAAGGCCAGAUCCAAUCAAAGCCAAAGGCAAGGGGGUAUUGAAAACGUACUUUGUUGAGCCCCCAGCUCCAAAGGAUGAAAGUCUCCUGUCGGGUCACCACAGUGCUUCUACUGGCAUCCACACUGAAUCAUCGGGCGGUGGCAGUGUGAGUCCCACUACUCGUGUGCCAGUGGCGAACACCAGCAUGUACGCAGACAAGCGAAGGGAACGCCUGGUGAAUUGGAUAGCCGAUCUACUCCAGGAGCACAUGAAACAGCUUGUCGCCACUCGUGAAUCUGCAACAAGCAGUGUGGCAUUGCGGUAUUCACCGCCUGAAGGAGCCACCAGCCUAGAUGAAGUGGCGGAGGUUAUUGUGCUCCCAGGAUUUUCCUCCGAACGAGAUACCCGUGGAGUUGAGGUGGACAGUGAUGUACUAGCUCAGCUUCUCCAGUACGUGGGUGCUAUUGCAGGCAUGUACCACGAGAACCCGUUUCAUAACUUUGAACAUGCAUGUCAUGUCACCAUGGCCUGCAACAAGUUCAUGCAGAGAAUUGUGGAUGAGGAUGUGGAAUCUGCAGAGGCAUCGGACGAGAGUGAAGAGCAAGGCUCGGGUCUUUCAAAAACACAUGGGAUUCAUUCUGAUCCUCUUACGCUGUUGGCAAUCGUGCUUUCCGCCCUAAUUCAUGAUUGUGACCACCGAGGAGUAUCCAAUGCUCGGUUGGCAGUAGAGGACGAAGCCCUUGGAUGCAAAUACAAGAAUCAAAGCGUAGCGGAGCAGAACUCCUUGGAUCUGGCAUGGGACCUCUUGAUGGGCGACGACUAUGAGGCUCUUCGACUCUGUUUGUUCACAACUGAAGCCGAAUUGAAACGCUUUAGACAGGUACUAGUCAACAUGGUCUUGGCCACGGAUAUCUUCGACAAAGAACUCAAUGACCUUAGAAGAAAACGUUGGGAGAAAGCAUUUUCUGCUGAUUGUAAGGUAUCUCACGAGGAGAACAGGGAUCUUAGGAAUACCAUUGUCAUUGAGCACAUCAUCCAAGCUUCCGAUGUGUCGCACACAAUGCAACAUUGGCACAUCUACCGCAAGUGGAACAAGCGUCUUUUUCGUGAGCUGUCGCUGGCCUACAGCCAAGGAAGGAUGGCCAAGGACCCCAGUGAGUUCUGGUAUCAAGGAGAAAUUGGCUUCUUUGACAAUUAUGUCAUCCCUCUGGCAAAAAAGUUGAAAGACUGCCAGGUCUUUGGUGUUUCCAGUGAUGAGUGCUUGGACUAUGCUAUUCAGAACCGGGAUGAGUGGAAAGAGAAAGGAGAAGCCUUGGUGGAACAAAUGAAGGAUGAAAUAAGAGCAGAAAAGGAAAAGCGGGGCUCCUUCACCAGCCAGGCACCUUUGAGGCCGGAACCAACCACCAAUGUUGCACUCGCAUCAACCAAGAAUCACGAAUCCUUCCAAGAGUCCAACACAGAAGCAAUGACACUCAGUAUGACUUCAUUCGAAACCUCGUCAGCAUCACUUUCUAUCAUAUUUGAUGAUCACGGAAGGCGCUGUGUGGACUGUUAG